GCCCCGCCUACCCGGGACAAGAUGGCGGCGCGGGCGCUGGUUCAGUACGUGGUGCUGAGGGGGGACCUUCGGCGGGAGCCCUUCUCGUGGCCCUUGGGCGCCUCGGUGGCGCAGGCCUGCCACGCGGCCCUGGCCGUGGUGCACGCGCACUACCACCACCCGGACACGGCGGCCUACCUGGCCCAGGGCGGCAGCAUGAGGACCGUCGUGCUCGAGGUGAGGGGGGGAAGGGCUUGGUUUGUUUAUUUAUGUAUUUGGUCGUUUAGUCGUGUCCGACUCUUCGUGACCCCCUGGACCAGAGCACGCCAGGCACUCCUGUCCUCCACUGCCUCCCGCAGUUUGGUCAAACUCAUAUUCGUAGCUUCGAAAACACCAUCCAACCAUCUCAUUCUCUGUCGUCCCCUUCUCCUUGUGCCCCCCUCCAUCUUUCCCAACACCAGGGUCUUUUCCAUGGAGUCUUCUCUUCUCAUGAGGUGGCCAAAGUCUUGGAGCCUCAGCUUCAGGAUCUGUCCUUCCAGGGAGCACUCAGGGCUGAUUUCCUUCAGAAUGGAGAGGUUGGAUCUUCUUGCAGUCCAUGGGACUCACGAGAGUCUCCUCCAGCACCAGAAUUCAAAAGCAUCCAUUCUUUGGCGAUCAGCCUUCUUUAUGGUCCAGCUCUCACUUCCAUACAUAACUACUGGGAAAACCAUAGCUUUAACUAUAGGGAUCUUUGUCGGCAAGGUGGUGUCUCUGCUUUUUAAGAUGCUGUCAAGGAUGCUGUUUAUGUAUUUAGGAUGCUGUUUAUGUAUUUACAUUCCACCUUUUCCUCCCACGGAGCUCAAGAUGGUGCACAUGGUUCCCCAUCCUAGUUCAUUCUCACAACACCCCUGCAAGGUAGGCCAGGCUAAGAGGCUGUCACCCGGUGAGCUCUGUGACUGGGCGGGGAUUCGAACCUCCAGGGCAGUACUUCCCAGUGUUCAGAGAUGGCCAAGGAGUUCCAGCCCAGCCACAUCUGGAGGGCUGUAGCCCCAGAGGGGGAGAACAGCUGCCUUUGUAUGCAGAAGGCCCCGGGUUCAGGCCCCGCUGGCAACUCCAGGUAGGGCUGGGAGAGACUAUGCUGCUGCUGGCUAGGGUAAAGGUAGACUGGACCAUUAGGUCCAGUCAUGGCCGACUCUGGGGUUGUGGUGCUCAUUUCGCUUUAUUGGCCGAGGGAGCCGGCGUACAGCUUCCGGGUCAUGUGGCCAGCAUGACUAAGCCGCUUCUGGCGAACCAGAGAAGCGCACGGAAACGCCGUUUACCUUCCUGCCGGAGCGGUACCUAUUUAUCUGCUUGCACUUUGACGUGCUUUCGAACUGCUAGGUAGGCAGGAGCAGUGACAGAGCAACGGGAGCUCACCCCGUUGCGGGGAUUUGAACCGCCGACCUUCUGAUUGGCAAGUCCUAGGCUCUGUGGUUUAACCCACAGCUCCACCCGCAUCUAAUGGCUAGUGUAGGCAAUACCAGACUGGACAUGCCAGUGGCCUGGCUUGAUAUGACGACCCUUCCUUGGUUCUUCAGUAAAUGGGUGGGGAUUGUGUCACUUUGUGCAGGACAGCUAGCCCACCAGUCUUCCAGCUCAGCAUUGGCCUGUGAGGGAAAGACCCAGAAUGGCCAGUUAGUCAAGGGGUUCUUCCUCUCCCCAAUAACACGGGGUGGGUAACCUGUCUCUCAUCCCUUUAGCCCCCUGUAAUCAAGAGUCACUCCUGGCAACAGUGUUAGAAACAGAGAUAUGAAAGCUAGCAGUUAAAUGGGACCUUAAACCUAGGUUGUGGGUGCAACAACGGAAUGUCCAGGUGUACUUUUUUGUAACAAGAAAACGAAACUGAAAAUGAAUGAACUGCAGCUAAAAUAUUGUGUUCAUUUUUCACAUGGUCUAGUCCUUCCUCUGCCCACCCCCUAUAUAUUCUUAAAAGGGCCUCUUCUCCAGUCUUCAGAGAGUAGCUGGAAGUGGGGAGGCAGAAAAUGGUCCUCCUUUCCUUCCACUCUGCAGUUUUAAUCUAAAAUCUUAGGCCCAGUACUGCACCCAGAGCUUGCGCUAAUGAAAUUCCCUGUUGCAAAAUGCGUUGAGAACCAUGGGAGUUUCGAACACUGUGUGGCAAAGUGGAGGAUUAGAGGGGAGCUCUAGCAGAGCGCUUUGGGGCAACUCUCUUUCCAACAGCAGCUUGUCUGUUGCAGGGGGCAUGCAGGAAGUAACAGUGCCAGAGAAGGGCUGCAGGUGAGUGGCAGAGGCUCAAUCUCUGGCAUCUCCACAUAGGGAUGAGAAAAGACUCCUUGUCUGAAGUCUUUUGAAAGCUGCUGCCAGUCUGUGUGGACAAUACUGAGCUACAUAGCCCACAGUAUAAGGCAGCUUCUUGUGUUGGAGAAGGGCUGCAGCUCAGUGACAGCGUAUUUGUUUUCCAUGCGGAAGGUCCAGCUUCAAUCCCCAGGUAGGUCUGGGAGAGACUCCAUGUCUGAAAUCCUUGCAAGUCACUACCAGUCUGUGGACAAUACUGAGCUAGUUGGACCAGGAGCUUCCUGUGUCUCUGCCCUUGUGCUAAAGCUGAGGAGGGGGAACCUGCAGGCCUCCAGAUAUUGCUGGACUCCAACUUCCAUCGUUCCUGCCCAUAGGCCAUAUCUGCUAAAGCUGAUAGGAACUGCAGUCCAGCAGCAUCUGGUGGAAGGCCACAGGCUCCCAGUCUCUGCAGUAGUAGAGCUCUCAGCUGAUGCUGUUUAUUUUAUAGCAAGUAAAUUUAUUCUGGGAUUCCUAGUUCUUCUGGUAUUAAAAAGCAGAGGUGAACUAGUCCUUCUGCUGUAACCCUGUGGAAGCUACUGCAAUUUGGCAUUGUUUUAAUGUUGGGUGUUGCAGUAAGAAUCUGAUUUCCUUCCCCUGCCCACUUUUCUUUCCUUAGGCCCCAGACGAGUGUGCAUUGACUGCGUUAGCAGAGGCACUGCAGCAAAACAACAUCGAUCACAAAGUGUGGGUUGAACAGCCAGAGAACAUUGUCACUUGCAUUGCCCUCCGCCCAUACCCUAAGGAGCACGUACACCAGUACCUGAAGAAAUUCAAACUGCUGAAAUGAUCUUAUAUAUUUCUGGCCCUAUUCAGGACUGGCCAAGAAAAUCCAGUUCUCAGGUAGGCGCUUGUGGCCGAGAGUUUGUGGACAAUUUGCAGUACCAUGGUGAAGUGCAAUAACUGAAUCGGGAACCAUCUUUUCAUUGCAUGUUGCUGGUAAUUGUGGUUUCAACUGAUGUGCAUCUCUGCAGAUGAUUAAAGAAGGGUUUGUUCAGACCGAUAUAGAGCUGGGGUUCUUUUAUUUUAGCACAAAACACCUCUCUUAUUUUAAGAAGAAACUCUUGAUGCACACCUUGAUCAAUUUAAAGAUGAAAAAACCAGAGGCAGGAUUCUGGGUGACAUUGAUCUGUGCCUGCUAAAAUAUUCUUGGGGGUUUGAAAGCUGACAGCAGUAUUCACUUUAGAGAGAAAAAAUAUAGGGCUGUGGGGGGAAAUCUGUGGCCUCACAGGUGGUGUUGCUGGCAGCGUAGCCAGUGAUCUGGGCUGGCUAGGAAUUCCAACAUCUGAAGCAGUGGGGAAGCUUACAUGCCAACAUCUUGAGGGUCAACUCGCAUCAUCAUCUUUGACCUGCAGCCACGCUGGCUGGGGCAGAGGAAAGUUAGAGGCCUACCACAGUUGCAAGGCCACAUGCCCCCCACUCUGUUUUAUGUCUUGUUGCCUAGGAAUUCCUUUUCCUUUAUUAGCAUUGUCGCCAAGAUUGCACACAUGGGAGGGGACAGCCAAGUAGAUUGCUGUAAGGCAAAACUUGAGGUUAUAGUUGUCUCUUGGACUGAUGCUAUACUUUUAUGAAAACAAAGCUUGCUCAUUGACACUGAUUGUUGCGCUAAGCUCAGAAGUGGGCUAUCGAACAAUGAAGGAGGCCAUUUUUUGGGGGGGGUAAAGGCUUGGAAAAUGGGUUGGGGUGGUUGUCUGCUUUUCACAAGUAUGUAGGAAUCUCAAAGGCCUUACUGGAAUCUUAAAAAGUUUCUGACAGAAUCACUCACCAAAGGUGCCAAGUAAACUUAGCAAUAUUCUUAGGGAUUGCAAACUGGUUAAAAUAAGCCUUUGCCAACUUGCUUCUCUCCGAACUGUUUUGGAUUGUAACACCCAUUGACCACAGUACUAGCUAGCUUCUGUGAAGUCUGCAAGCUGGACAUGAGCGCAACAGCAUUCUGCCCACCUGAGUCCCAGUAGCUGGUAAUCGGGGGCACAAUGCCUCCAACAUUGGAGUCCAAAAUCUGGAGGACCGUGGAAGUAUUUCAAGACAGAGCAAGUGAAUAACACUCUUUCUUCACAGCAGGCCUUUGAGGUGCUGCUUCACACCUUUUGCUGUGCUCUGUAUUCCACAACCGUGUGCAAGAACCCAUUCUCCUCAAAAUGCAACACUCAGUCACUCUGGCUGCAUAUUUCUGAAGUGUCUUGGGCAUUUAAUUCACCACCUGUUUCAGUCUGGCUGUGAAAUUCCUAGCCAUGCAAUACCUAGAUUUGUUAUUUGGGAUUCUUAAGUUUAACUACUUAAGUGUGUUUAUAGCCUUGGAAGGCACCAGAGCUUGUGGCAGCUGGAAUAGUUUGUUUCCACUCCCCUUUUAUUUCUGGGGAAGGUGAUGUGCCAGACGAGUGCUGAAGCCCCACACAUUCCUUGUUGUGGCCUGGGGUCUAGGAGCUGCCAUGCUUUGAAACUCAGCAGCUACUUGGACCAAGCUGCUCCCUAGAAUCUGUUACAGAGCCAGGUUAAUAAUGUAAGCAAUAACUUGGAUGUUACGUUCAGCAACAUGGUGGGGUUUCAGUUCUCUUCCGAGUGCUUCACGCCGGUGCUUGUGAGGGUUUCUGCAGGAUUGUGUGUGAAUGGCAAAGCAAGGAAGGAUUAAACCUCCCCAGGCCCCUGGCUGCAACAGGAGGGAGUAAAGCAUGUUGUAGAGGCUCUGAGGCUGAAUCAUAGCCCUGCCCCAGCUUCAUAAAAACUCCAGUACAUGUGUGAAAGAGCAAGGAAGGAGUGUUGCUCUGUAUAGCAGAUCUCGGCAGCUGAGGGUAGGCUCAGAGGUGCCCUGAAGUGUACACUUUAAUAACUGUAGCAUGGUCAAGAGGACUGCUAUGCAACAAUUUUUUCCUCCACACCCAGGUCUAGCGCUACUAUCGCUCUUUCCAGAAACCAUGCAAAAUGUGUUCUAUAAGGAUCUAUAAGCUAAGCUGGGAUUGGUGAUGAUGGUGGAACUGGCAUAUGGCGGCUGGCAGUCACAGAAAGCGUCCUAAAGUGUUAACAAACAGCUAACUGAGAGGGGUUAAAUCUAAAGCUUCGCCCUCAGUUAUUUGGUUUACAUUUGUCAAAUUUGUUUUGCAACCGCAGGUAGCAGUCCUUCCUCCAGAUCUCCAUCAUCCAUUAUGGACUGGUAUACCGUUUUUUGUGUCCUAUAGCUUGAAUUCUAGAAUUCUUUCUUGGCCUUCCAUAAGUGCUGUUGCUAUUUGGGUUUUUCUUUCUGUGCGCAUUUGCAAGCAGCAGUGGAACUCAGUUUGUAGUCAAGCUUUGUUAAAUGCGUCUUGUUUGCUACUAGGUGCUUUUUGUUUAUCUGAAAAAUCUCAAUAAAAAUAUUUAAAAGAC